AUGGUAUCAAAAGUUAGGUGUAAAAUGCAGUUUCAAAUUGAUCCAAACCACAACCUUAACUGUAUUGAACAAGCUGGGUUAACACUUGGAGAUGAAAAGUUAUAUUCAUUACCUGAACAUGAUAAGAUCAUCCUAUCAUAUAAAAAGCUAAUGAACAGCGUUGGUCAGCUUUUAGGAGCACAUCGAGAAACAUCAGAAAAAGGUAUGGAAGAGGUUUUUGAGUUUGAAAAGAAACUAGCCUCUAUUUAUGAAAAAAAAUCUCAUGGAACAGAUCAUACAAAGAUGACAGUAGCAGAUUUGCUAAGUUUAUGCCCUGCGAUACCAUGGUUGGAUUAUUUGAACAAUAUGUUUAAACAUGCAGUAAAAUCAGACGAACCUGUUGUUGUUUAUACUCCACAUUUUUUAAAGAGCAUGUCUGAUUUAGUAAUUAAAACAGAAAGAAGAAUUAUUGCUAAUUACAUGGUAUGGCACUUGAUCAAACCAGUUUUGACUUUAUUUUCAAAACCAUAUCGAAUGGCAGUAUUAGAAUUUUCAAAGAACGAGAUUUCAGCUAAGGGUGUUGAAGAUGGUUGGAGAGGGUGCAUAUCAAAAACAGAUUCAGUAUUCGGUUUUGCUACAGGUUACCUGCUUAUACAAGAAAUGGAAAAAGUUGGAUUCUUUAAAAAAGAGGUAGAAAAAAUGAGCGCUAUGAUUAAAGAGGCAUUCAUUCAUAACAUCCAGAAGCUUAAUUGGAUGGACGAUAUAACCAAACGUCUUGCAGAAGAAAAGGCAAAUUCUAUUAUUGAAAUGGUUGGUUAUCCAAAUUGGUUGAAGAGUAUUGAUGCAUUAAACAAAUUUUAUGAAAAUUUAACAGUCACUGACAAUCCCCUUAGAAACUAUUUUAACGCACGUGAAUUCUUUCACGAAAGAAUGAUGGAGAGGCGAGGUCAUCCUGUUCAAAAAGAUGAAUGGCAUAUGAUGCCAACUGAAGUGAAUGUGUUCUUCAAUUCACCUAACAAUGUUAUUGCUGUUCCUGCUGGUAUAAUCCAAUCACCAUUUUUUGACUUAGGAUUUCCUAUUGCAAUAAACUAUGGUGCGUUAGGAUCAAUGAUAGGAAACGCUCUUACUCAUGGCUUUGAUCUUCAAGGUCAACAUUUUGACAAAUUUGGAAAUUUGGUGAACUGGUGGAGUAAGCCAACAGCUUCUAUGUUUGCAAAUUAUUCUAAAUGCUUUGAGAAUCAACAUGACUCCCAAGAUACACAGUCAGUUGAUUAUUCUGAAAUCAUUGCGGAUAAUGGUGGAGUUAAGAUGGCUUUUAAUGCAUUCAAAACAAAUUCUUACAUACGAGGCGAAGACAAGUUGCUUCCUGGAUUACAAAUGACUCCAAAUCAGAUGUUUUUCAUGGGAUAUGCACAGACAAUGUGCUCAGUUCAAAAAGAACAUGCAAAAAAAAAUUUUGAAAAAGAAAGAGUAGAUAUGGUUUUAAGAAACAACGAAGACUUUUCAACUGCAUUUAAUUGUCCAGUUGGCAGCAAAAUGAAUCCUGUGAAAAAAUGUCACGUUUGGUAACAUAACUCAGUUUAAUUUAGGAUAUUUAUUUAAUUCUAUUAUCAGUGUAAAUACAUAGAAAUUUAUUUUUAUGGAAUGCAAAUAUUUCUUUUUGAUAAAGUCAAAAUGUACUUCUUUGCUAAUCUAAUUUUUGUGGUAAUUAUAACGAUAUAUUCGUGUUUUUAUGUUUAUUUGAAGUUGAAAUAAUUAAAUUGCGAUAUUAAA